GGUUGUUCAGCAUUGCCUUUAACUUGGAAUCUGCAUUUGUUAUUAACAGUUCAAUGACUCAAUGAAAUGGAACCACAGUUUUUAGUAAUAAACAUUGACCAUCAACAGAAGAAAAGUGAACCCAACAAGCCUCCAUUUGUUUCCAAUCUUGUUUCUUGUUCCUUGUUCUCUCUCAGCUCUUCAUUCUCAUGUGACAACUCUGUUAAUUUCCAUGGCUAAACCGCAACUCCAUAACUCUUACCACUUUCUUCUCUUAUUGCUCAUUUGUUCUUGUUCCGUUCAUCUAUCAAAACAGCUUCAACAAUCUCAAUAUGAAACCCUGAUGAAAAUCCAAGAGCUUCUAGACUAUCCACCAGUUCUGAACAGCUUCUAUAACUCUUCAGACUUAUGCAAUAUCGAGCCAACUCCAUCACUGACGCUGGUUUGUUAUGAAGAUAACUUGACUCAACUUCACAUUGUAGGCGACAGGGGGGUCCAUCCAUUGCCUCAGAGUUUCUCCUCUGGCUCUUUCUUUGACACUCUUGGAGGCCUGUCAAGCUUGAAAGUCUUAUCUCUGGUUUCUCUAAGAUUAUGGGGAGCAAUUCCUGGAAGCAUUGGUCAGUUAUCUUCCCUGGAAAUACUUAAUCUCAGUUCAAACUACUUCAAUGGUCCAAUUCCAGUUCAACUAUCAUAUUUAAAAAACUUGCAGACUCUCAUACUUGACAAUAACAACUGUAGUGGGAAAGUUCCUGGUUGGAUAAGUUCUCUUCGUACUCUUUCUGUUUUGAGCUUGAAGAACAAUUCACUAAGUGGGGUUUUGCCAUCUUCUCUAAAAGAAUUAGAAACUCUCAGAGUUCUCUCUCUUUCAAGGAACAACUUAUCUGGUGAAGUGCCUGAUCUUCAUAACUUGAGAUUCCUUCAACUUCUUAAUUUAGCAGACAACCAUUUUGGUCCUGACUUUCCUAAUUUGCAUAACAAGUUAAUCACCCUUGUACUUAGAAACAACAGGUUUCAGUUUGGCCUCCCUGGUGAACUAUCCACCUACCAUCAGCUUCAAAAGUUGGACAUUUCUUUAAAUGGAUUCGUAGGACCCUUUUUACCUUCAAUUUUGUCUCUACCUUCAAUGGUUUAUCUUGAUAUUCAUGGAAACAAACUCACUGGAAUGUUAUUCCAGAAUAUGUCUUGCAAUCCUGAACUUGGUUAUGUAGAUUUAUCCUUGAAUCUUCUUGUUGGAGAUUUGCCUUCUUGUCUUGAAGUGGGCAACAUGAACAGGCUUGUGUUGUAUUCCAACAAUUGUUUAUCAAAUGUAGAGCAAAUGCAGCAUCCAUCUAACUUCUGCCACAAUGAAGCUCUGGCUGUGAAAGUUCUGCCUCACAAAGAGAAUAAUAAGAAGCCUACUGCAAAAUCGGUUAUUUCAUUAAGCAUGGUAGGAGCAGCUUUAGGGGGCAUUGCAGUUGUUGGGGUGGUUCUUUUGUUUGUCAGGAAAGUUUACAACAAAGAUUCAAUGAAAAUACCAGCAACCUGCAGGUUAAUUAUGGACAAUGUGUCAAAUGUUAACACACUGAAGCUGCUUUCAGAUGCUAAGUGUAUAUCACAAACAAUGAAGAUGGGAGCUACCCUUCCUGUGUACCGAACUUUUACUUUGGAGGAGCUUAAGGAGGCAACAGAUAACUUUGAUGUUUCAAGUUUAAUUAGAGAGAGCUCACAUGGUCAGGUUUAUAGGGGGAAGCUCACUGAUGGCACUGUUGUAGCUAUUAAAAGCAUGAAAAUGAGAAAACGACACAGUCCUCAGAUGUAUACACGCCACAUCGAGAUGAUUUCGAAACUUAGACAUCGCCAUUUGGUUAGUGCUCUUGGGCACUGCUUUGAGAACUGCAUGGAUGAUUCAAGUGUUACCAAAAUAUAUCUGAUAUUUGAGUUUCUCCCAAACAGGACACUUCGAAGCUACAUAUCUGGUCAAAAGCUUACUUGGAUACAAAGAAUAAUGGCUGCAAUAGGAGUUGUAAAGGGUGUCAAGUUCCUGCAUACAGGGAUUGUGCCUGGAAUAUUCUCAAAUCACCUGAAGAUAACAGAUGUUAUAUUAGACCAGGAUCUUCAUGUAAAGAUUAGUACUUAUAACCUUCCUCUUUUAGCCGAAAACAAGGGAAUGGGGUAUUCUGAAGUUCCUUAUUAUGGAAUGAAAGCAAGGCCUUUGGCAAGGACACAACAGGAUGAAAAAAGUGAUGUCUAUGACAUAGGAGUGAUCUUACUCGAAAUCAUCUUGGGAAGACCAAUCACAUCCCAAAACGAAGUUGUUUUCGCAAGAGAUCUUCUACAAGUGAGCAUAACAAUUGACGAGUCAGCUCGAAAAGGUAUUGUAGAUCCAUCAGUUAUGAACGACUGUUCAGAAGAAUCAUUGAAGACCAUGAUGGAAUUAUGUGUCAGGUGUCUUGGCAAUGAGCCAAGAAACCGGCCUUCUGUUGAAGAUGUUCUUUGGAAUCUGCAGUUUGCUGCACAGGUUCAGAAUGUUAAGAACAAUCAGGAGUUGGUGUAAAACUAUCAACUUAAAAUAUUGAAAGCUGUGUGUAUAUGCUUGGCAUAUAAGAAUAGUUGGCCUGUUGAAGUUUUUGUGUUGACAACACUAGAACCGGAUUUAUUUAUUUAUUUUUAUCAUUUGGGUUUAUGCCAAAGUUUAAUUGA